AUGGGUUUCACCGACAUCCUCACUGACGCCGGCUUGACCGUGCUCAACAACUGGCUGCAGACCCGAUCCUACAUCGUCGCUGCUCCUGCCUACGCUCCCACACAGGCCGACGUUGCCACCUUCAAGGCCCUGCAGUCCGCUCCCGACGCUGCCAAGUACCCCCACGCUGCCCGCUGGUACAAGCACAUUGCCACCUUUGAGGAUGAGUUCGCUACCCUCUCUGGCGAUGCUGCCAAGCCCUACACUGCCUACGGCCCCGAGGUCGCUGAGGUCACCCUGAACCCCGCCAAGGCCCCCGCUGCCGAUGAGGACGAUGAUGCCGAGGGUCUCUUCGACUCCGACUCCGAGGAGGAGGACGCUGAGGCCGUCAAGGCCCGUGAGGAGCGCCUGAAGGCCUACAGAGAGAAGAAGGCUGCCAAGCCCAAGACCAUUGCCAAGUCCAUCGUGACUCUGGACGUCAAGCCCUGGGAUGACGAGACUGAUAUGGCUGCCUUGGAGGAGUCUGUCCGUGGCAUUGAGAAGGACGGUCUGGUCUGGGGUGGCUCCAAGCUGGUCGCUGUUGGUUUCGGUAUCAAGAAGCUGCAGAUCAACCUGGUCGUUGAGGACGAGAAGAUCUCCCUUGACGAGCUCCAGGAGGAGAUCUCGGAGUUCGAGGACUACGUCCAGUCCUCUGACAUUGUUGCCAUGCAGAAGCUGUAA